AUGAUUAACAUAGAUGGAUCCGAUUCAAGAAGCUUAUUCGGUUCAGAGCUAUAUGCAAUCUUGCAGAAUAUCACGCUGGUUUUGAGAAAAGCAAUUUCAUCAUCACAAUUCCCAAAAUCACCGCCUUUCUGGUUCACUACCACGAUGAGGAGGCAACAACAAAGCAGCUGCCGAUCGGGAAUGACGCGGCAGCAGCUGGUGCGGGUUGACUUGGACGGUGACGGUGAGAGGCGAGCAGACCAGCCGGGCGUGGAAGAGGUUUUGGUAACCAAACCACCAACCACCACCGCUGGGACGUCACCUCCACAAGCUGCGGCGGAAAUUUCCAUCGAAUUUCUCCCAACAGGCGAUCAGGAUGUCGAGGACAAGGACGAGCAGCAACUGUUUCCGGCCAUCAUCGUUCCGCCAGCCACCAUGCCGCCACCAUCCGAAGUCAAAGAAGAAAAAAGAUAUUGUAUCGCCCCUACCGUUGUCUCUAAUAAGGAGACGGCGGAGCAAUGCGGUGAGGUGGCGAAGAUCGCGCCGCCAGAGGAGAACGAGCGGGCGUGUGCACGGGUAAACAAGGCUGUCGAAUCGGGUCUGAAAUGGGAAAGGACUUCCAAAGCACCUGAAUCUGUAACCAGUGAUUCAAUAGAGAAGAAUGACAAGGCUAAUUGGAAAUACAGGAAGAAGAAGAAGGCACGUCCCAAAAAUGGCUCUUGUUUUGGGAAACCCAAGGAUCGUGCGAAGACUUCCUGUGUGGAAGACGACAAAAGCAAGAUGGCGGCGUUGAUGAUUGCUGAUGGUGACGCCGCAACAAAUAGAGUGGCGCAUUCGCUGGCCGCCUUUACAGCCGAGACCCAGACAACCCAAACUCCAGUGCCCAUCAACCCAGAGAUUCAUUCGAUGAGGGCGAAUCUCAGCGUCGGGAGUAAUCGACAAAGCGAGGCAGAGGCAACAUCGGGUUUCCAUCUUGACCAUCCGACGAUCGAGGACUGCCUCAGGUGA